AAUUAAUUUUUUUUUGGGGCUGGCAACACCUACUGAAAGCAUUUGCGGCUAACUUAUCUACAUUCCGGUCUUUUAGAAUUUACUCUUUUUGUGAAACAGACGUGCAGAGGUCUGUUUGAGAAAGAUGGGUGCCUACCGCUAUAUGCAGGAAUUGUACAGAAAGAAGCAGAGUGAUGUAAUGCGCUAUUUGCUUCGUAUUCGUGUGUGGCAGUAUAGACAACUAACAAAGCUUCAUAGAUCGCCACGUCCUACUCGUCCAGAUAAAGCUCGAAGGUUGGGUUAUCGCGCAAAACAAGGAUAUGUUGUGUACAGAAUUCGAGUCCGACGUGGAGGUCGGAAACGUCCGGUUCCAAAAGGCUGUACCUAUGGAAAACCCAAAAGUCAUGGUGUAAAUGAACUGAAACCAUAUAGAGGACUUCAGUCUAUUGCUGAGGAACGUGUGGGUCGCAGACUGGGAGGUUUACGGGUUUUGAACUCAUAUUGGGUUGCACAGGAUGCAUCUUAUAAGUAUUUUGAAGUCAUCUUGGUAGAUAUACACCAUAACGCCAUUAGGCGGGAUCCCAAAAUAAAUUGGCUCUGUAAGCAUGUCCACAAACAUCGUGAGCUUCGAGGACUGACUUCAGCUGGAAAGAGCUCCCGUGGAAUCGGUAAAGGCUAUCGUUAUUCACAAACCAUUGGUGGAUCUCGUCGUGCCGCCUGGAAGCGGAAGAAUACUUUACAAAUGCAUCGCAAACGCUAAUAUAAUACUUUUAUUGUAUUAUAAAAUAUUAUUGCAUCAGAAAAUUUCUGCAAUACUAAUAAAAUCCUUUUUAAUUUUGGGCAACAUA